AAAAUCUCCUGAUUUACCGAAUGCUCUAUAUUUGACAUCGAAUGAUCGAAUCUUACCACAAUCAACCAUGUUCGCCCUCCAAAUCCACUCCGUCGACUUCCCACAGCCGCUUCCCACCGCCACCACCUCCGCCGUCCGCGUCUCCGACGCCUCUGAUUCUAUCGCCAAGCUGAACCCUGCAGAGCAGCGGGGCGUCGCGCACCUCUUCCGCCACCUUCCUCCCUCCACAUCCACCACCUACGCCUCCGCCCUCACCGGUAUAGCCAAUCCGAUCGCUCGCACCACCACUCUCUUUGUUGUUGCUGUCCCCAAUUAUCUUUCGCCCGAUGACUUCCUCCUCUUCUGCGCCUCCCACGUCGAACACUUCACAGGAAUCCUUUUUCUCAGGAAUGACGUCAUGGAAGAUAGAUAUAGUGUGUUGAUAACAUUGGUGAGUCAAUUGGCUGCGGAUGGAUUCUACUGUAGUUAUAAUGGUAAAAGGUUUAAGCCCACUGAGGGUGAGGUUUGCCACAUUUAUUUUACUCAAUCAGUGGAAUGCACAGAAUCAGCAGAAAUAGCAAGCAUACCUCCGCUGGGUUAUACUGAAUUGCCUACUUGUCCAGUUUGUCUAGAAAGACUGGACCAAGACACAAGUGGAAUACAGAGUACACUUUGUGACCAUUCAUUUCAUUGUUCAUGUGUUUCAAAAUGGACCUACUCUUCAUGCCAGGUCUGUCGACUUUGCCAGCAGCAGGAUGAAAGACCAACCUGCUCUGUAUGUGGAACACCAAAGAACCUUUGGGUCUGUUUGAUUUGUGGCUUUGUUGGAUGUGGAAGGUAUGAAGAAAAACAUGCCAUUAGACAUUGGAGUGAUACACAGCAUCAUUAUUCUCUUGAAUUAGAGACACAGCAAAUCUGGGAUUAUGUAGGGGACAAAUAUGUUCACCGAUUGAAUCAAUCAAAAACUGAUGGCAAGCCAGCUACAAUGAAUUCUUCCUGUGCUGCAUCUGACGGUGAAUGUGGUAUGUUUGGGUAUGAUGAGGAUCCAGGUCUCAGUGGGGCGCUUUAUAACAGCAAAGUCGAAGCGGUUGUGGAUGAGUAUAACAUUCUACUUGCCAGCCAGCUGGAGACUCAAAGACAGCAUUAUGAAUCUCUACUAGCCGAGGAGAGAAGUGGAAAGGAGAGCACAAUAUCCAAAGCAGUGGAGAAGGCGCUAUUUUCAAAAACACAUGAAUUGCAGUCCAGAAUUGAAAAGUGUGAGGAGGAGAAGAAGGCCGUUACAGAAAGAAAUAAAGUACUUAUGGAAAAACAAGAAAAAUUGCAGAAGAAUUAUAAAGAAAUUGAGAAAAGGGAAACACUUUUACUGAAAUCGAAGGACGAGCAUAUCCAGGACCUCGAAGAACAGAUCAGAGAUAUAAAAGUUUACAUUGAAGCCCAGAAAAAGCUCGCUAAAAUGGGUGUUUCAGAUGGGAAGGACGGGACGGUUUUAUCUGUAGAAUCUAAUCAGUCAUCUUCAGGCGGAUCUAAAAGGAGAACAAAGCAAGGUCGAAGACGAUGAUGAUCUUAUGAGACCCGCGACCCGUGUAUGAAUUUAGUGGGCUUGCCUGUUCUAUAGGAUCAACAUGUUUGGAGCAUUUUAGAGAAUGCUCUCUGAUUGAAUGUGUGUAUAUUUUCAGUUCACUAACCAGUACAGAUGCUAUGACUUGGUUUACAAUGACUGACAUUUAGUUUUAGCUACAAUUUUAGUUUUCUACAUUUUUCUUUUCAAA